AUGAAGAUGCAAACAAAGGGUCGAGCAUUUGGCAUAAUUGUCGUCGGAGGUGGUGUCGGUGGCCUGGCCGCAGCGAUCGGGUUACGGCGAAAAGGCCACCACGUGGCGGUCCUCGAAAGCACCUCGGUCCUUCAGACGCUGGGCGGGAGCCUAAUGAUCCCGCCGAACGCGGCUCGUGUGUUAGACGCUUAUGGGAUAUGGGAGACGUUCAAGAAUGCUGAGCCGGUCCCGAGAGGUAACACGACGUUCCGGUGGGAAGACGGGAGUGUGCUUGAGGAGGUCAAUUAUGACGCGAUGGAGGCGGCGUUUGGAUAUCCUGUCAUGGCAAUACCGAGAGCGAAAUACCAGAGACUUCUUUACGAUCUAGCGCUUGAGAUGGGUGUCGAGGUGGGGCUCUCGUGUAGGAUAAGGAGCAUUGAUGAGAGCGUUCCUUCGGUGACUCUGGAGGACGGAGAGACAAUCAGCGGAGACCUGAUUGUUGGAGCAGACGGUAUAAAUUCGACUGUGAGGAGAUCAGUCCUUGCUGGGAUGGAUGUACAACCGAUUCCAGAAAGCAUCGCAUAUCAGUGCAACAUAAGUGGAAAGGCAAUGAGGAAUGAUCCCCUGACGGCGGAACUUAUGGAAGGUGGUGCCAUUCACACAAUGUUAGGUUGGUACGGGCCGGGCCGGCAAAUGAUUUGCGGCCCAGACAGCUCCGGCUCCUAUUACCGGAUGACCCUCAUCUUCUAUCCAUCAUCAACUGAUCCGACUGUGCAAUCUCUUGAUACUCUCGCUGCAAACUCCACCAGCUCGUUCCGGAAGGGGUCUGUGGAAGCAAUGCAGCAAUGCGUAUCUAUGUUCGAGCCUCGAGUCCGGAAAUUCGUCAGCUUGGUGAAGCCCGAGGAUUGCUUCAUUUGGAAGAUUGCACACUUACCACCUUUGGAAACCUGGGUCAGCGAGAGUGGUAAAGUGGCUAUCCUGGGCGAUGCGGCUCAUGCCUUAGUUCCCCAUCUUGGCGCUGGGGCAGCUAGCGCAGUAGAAGAUGGCGCCGUGCUCGCUGAGUGUAUAUCCCAAGCGAAAUUGGUCUCUGAUAUUCCGGCAGCAUUGAAGGCAUACGAGAGGAUUAGGAAGCCUAGGGCGGAACGCAUCCAAGCUAUGGCUCUGCUGACUGGACAGUACAAAGUCAUGCCCGACGGACCGGAACAGAGGAGACGGGACAAGAAGAUGGCGCAGAGGAUGGACAAGAACAACCCCAAGUACGAGUAUUGGAAAGCAGGUGGGGGACUGGAGUGGCUCUAUGACUACGACUUUCUGCAAGCUGUAAGUUUCUAUCCUGAUUCAAAAGAUGGUUUGGAGCAGAACCCUGUAACCGGUGGGAGAAGAGAGGGAAAGCUUUAA